GUCCAUUUCAGAGGCUUGUCAUUCUUGUGUGAGAGCUCUCCCAACCCUUUGCCAAGUCAAUAAGUUCCCAAGUGAGAGAACCAUGAAGUGUCCUUUCCAAAAGUCGGAGGGUCUUCCCUUAAAGAAUUUGGUCACUGGUGAAAUCCUUUAUGAUACUCUUCACCACUCAGCCAAAGCAACGAAUAUCCUAUGCAAUGAGGAGUUUUGCUCGGGAAGUUCCAUGGGAUUGUUUGGGACUGCAGACAGGAUAAAGGCUGUGGAAGAGCAGAAACAAGCCUCGCUAUUCACUGAAGCCCAAAAAUUUGUGACGGAAUGCUACAACGAGUGGGGGAGGGAUGAAAAUGAACUCAACCAAAGACUCUCCGUGGUGAAGGCUGAAAUUGACCAAACUGGUAGCUAUGAUUUGACUCCUCAGGAGAUGGAGCUGGGUGGCAAAUUGGCUUGGAGAAACUCGCCUCGAUGUCCAGGUCGAAUUCAGUGGAAGAACCUCAAGUUCUUUGAUUGCAGACAAACUAAUUCUUUGGAGGAGGUAUUCGAAGCCAUAUGUCGCCAUAUCGAGUUCUCCACCAAUGAUGGUAAUAUCAAACCGGCCAUUACGGUGUUUCCCAAGAGAACCUUUGGCGAGCCUGACGUGGUGAGGAUUUGGAACCUCCAACUCAUCACCUAUGCUGGAUAUGCCCAAGAAGAUGGAACCGUUAUUGGAGACAAAGUGAACACCGAAAUCACGCAAUUGUGCUUGAAUUUGGGUUGGAAACCGAAAUAUACUUUUUUCGAUGUGCUGCCCAUCAUUUUGUCAGGCCCUGAUGGAGAGCCCCACUUAUUUGAGAUCCCACCCAAAAUCGUCAAAAGGGUCAAAAUUGAGCAUCCGAGAUAUCCCCAAUUCGAAAAAUUAGGCCUAGAAUGGUUUGCUUUGCCCGCGGUAUCCUCCAUGAUGUUCGAAAUCGGAGGGCUCGAGUUUCCUGCUGCGCCGUUUUCUGGCUGGUAUUCAUUGCCUGAAGUGGCUGUACGAGAUAUCUUGGAUAAACAAAGAUACAACAUGGCAAAGCCUAUUGCCAAGAUCCUCAAUCUGGACACGGCCUCGGCCACAAAUUUCUGGAUGGAUCGGGUGACCACAGAGGUCAGUGUGGCCGUCCUCCAUAGUUAUAACAAGCAACAAGUGACCAUUGUGGACCAUUUCAAGCAAGCCGAUCAGUUCAUGGAUUUUUUUCAAAGUGAGCAUGAGAUCCGUGGAGGAUGUCCUGCCGAUUGGGUCUGGAUUGUCCCUCCUCUAUCGGGAUCCCAAACCCCUGUGUUCCAUCAAGAAAUGUUGAACUAUCAAAUAUGCCCCGCCUUUCACUAUCAGAAAAGCUUAGCAUCCAUGUAUCGGCCCAAGGGACAAGAUCUGCCCUCUUUCAAGGCCACGGCCAAGGCCUUGGUUUUCAUGAACAACCUUUUUGCGAAGCGACUUCGAGAAAGAAAGACGAUCUCCAUUUAUUAUGCCACCGAAACUGGGGCUUCCAAGGGAUUUGCCACAAUUCUUCAAAAGAUCUUUGUGAAUGGAUAUGUGUCCAAAGCCAUGAACAUUGCAUUUGUGGACACGGAUGAGAUCCUCAACCCCGAUUCCCAAGAGAUUCAUCAAGCCAUCUUCAUCGUCUCUACUUUUGGCAAUGGUGAUCCUCCCACGGGAGCCAUUAAAUUCGCCAGCAAAAUCAAAGAUUUGAUGAACAGAGGCAAACGAUUGGAAAAUCUAGAAUUUGGCGUAUUUGCCCUUGGAUCUUCGGCUUAUCCGAAUUAUUGCGCUUUUGGAAAGUUCCUGGACGACUCGUUCCACAAACUGGGUGGGGUUCGCAUUCUCCCAAUUGGCAUGGGGGAUGAGUUGAAUGGCCAAGAUGACUCUUUUGAGGAAUGGAUGUUUGGAUUGGGACAUCUAAAUGAUGUUCCCCAAGGCGUCAAGAGCCAUUUGAGGCGUCUGGAACAGAUUUCCAACCAACAACUAUUUGAACAAGAGUUCAAAUGGGAAGUCUCCAACAAAUACAUCGAAGAGGUUGACAACAUGCAACACGUUCAUGGCAAGACUGUGCGAUCUGUGAAGAUUCUGAACAAGCAGAUUGUGGCCAAUCGGUUCAUUCAUUUGGAGCUCGAUGUCUCCGAGAUGAACGAGAACAUCAGAGCUGGGGACCACAUUGCCAUCUAUCCACGCAAUGACACGAACGCUGUGACUGAGAUCGUGGGUUCCCUCCAGGAUCUUCCGGCCAAGGAAACGCCCGUGAAACUCUCGGGUGGAACCUUCGCCGCACCUACGGGCACCCUCGAGUUCCUACUCCAUGCCUUUUAUGACAUCAAUGGACUUCUAUCUGCUCGGGAUUUGAAGUUCAUUGAGAGGUUUAUGUUGUCUAAUGAAGAUGUCGAAAAAUUACACAUCCUUCAGAAAUCGAAAACGAAAAUCCCCCUCCGCUUUGUGGACUUGUUCAAAACGUUCCCUUCAUUGGCCAUCAGGUCGGAAGAUUUCGUAGGACGCAUGAAACUAACAAGACCAAGGCUAUAUAGCAUUGCUUCAUCGCCCAAGGUGAACAGUGACGGGAAGAAGGUCCUCGACUUGAUCAUCUCCACUGUCGAGUACCUCGAUGCCAAGGGAAUUCCCCGUAAGGGUGUUUGCACGAGCUUCUUGAAGAGCUGUAACGUGGACUCCAUCAUUCUGGGUCAUUAUCAAGCCAGCACCCUUUUCGGACCGGUUCUUGAGGACCAAAGUCGACCUUUGAUCAUGAUUGCCAAUGGAUCGGGUAUUGCUCCUUUCCGUGGCAUUUGGCAAGCCCGAUUGGUCCGGGAUCAAAAUGAGAAUCAUGUCGGAGCCACAACCCAAGAUCUCUUGUUCUUUGGAUGUCGAUCCUUCAAAGAAGAUCUGUAUGCCACUGAAACUAAAAACAUCUUGGAAAGGUAUACGGUCUACUCUCGAGAUCCGGAUCGACCCAAGCAAUAUGUCCAAGACGCGGUCAAGGCAAGGAAAUACAAGAUCCUGGAUUACAUUCUGAACCUGAAUGCCAUCGUUCUGGUCUGCGGAAGCGCGGGCAUGGCUGACGGAGUGAAGACUGUCAUGGAUUCGUUUUUGGAAUGGGAGGGCCUCUCUGUGGAAGAACUGAAGUUGACGAAAUCGUACAUCGAGGAAAUUUUCGUUUAACGCCUUUUUACAUAACACCCCUUACAUUACGUAUAUAUCAUACAUGCAAAUCAUUUUUCACAGUCAGCAAGAAAUUUAGGCAAAAAUCGUUUGGCCAUCAUACGUCUCAUCAAUAUUUUAUGUUCUCUUUGUAUACUGCAUACUUACAAUUAUUCCAGAAAAUAUAUUCAUCACAUCUAUCGUUCAA